CGCCGGCGCCGCGUACCCAGGCCAAACCCUCGCCGGCUCGCCGCAACCCACUAACCGGCACGGACGGGAGCACCCGGCGCCGGCGCCCCACGCAUCUGAUUAGCCGCUCGUUGCCUCCCCGGAGAUGGCGACGGGAUCCACAGAGACGGACCUCAUGACCGAUCCAACGAUCAAGCUCCCCGACGACCUCCUGGUCGAGAUCAUCUCGCGCUUGCCGUACAAGUCCACCCGCUGCUGCAAGUGCGUCUCCACGCGCUGGCGGGACCUCAUCUCCCACCCCGACCACCGCGACAAGCUUCCCCAGUCGACCCUUGCUGGCUUCUUCUGCAAAAACCACGGCAUGGACUGCGAUCCACGUUUUCAUGAUGUUUACCACAGCGUCUCGGGGGAUUGGUGCCCUUUUGACGACUCUCUCUCGUUCCUACCUGAAUACGAGCAGCUUGAUAUCUUGGGCUGUUGCAAUGGCCUCCUCCUCUGUCUAUGUUCGCAGCCUUAUGCCGAGAAACCGGAUUAUGUGGUGUGCAAUCCUGCCACUGAGAAAUGGGUAACCUUCCCUGCCAACCGGAUUGUGUCGUUUGCUCGCCUGGGAUUCGACCCUGCCGUCUCCUCCCAUUUCCAUGUGUUUGAGUUGGUACCUAUCAAAGGUGGACAUGAUUAUAGGAUCGAAGAGGUGGGGAUCUACUCUUCCAAAGCUGGAGGUUGGACACAUCAAAUUGCUUGGGACGAUCCAAUUGAGAUACGCUACUUUUCAGGUGGCACAUUCCUCAGCGGGGUGUUGUAUUUACCUUCUGAUAAUAAUUCGGUUGCAGCCAUCGAUGUGGAGGGAAAUUGUAGGAUCAUUCCUCUUCCUACUUCUCAUGAUGCUCCUAUUGUUCCUAAUGUAUAUGUAUCACUGGGACAAUUGCAUCUCACAAAUAGGGGUGCUUCUGAACUAUCAAUCUGGGUUCUUGAAGAUUCUAGUAGCGAAGAUUGUUGGACCUUGAAGCUCAAUGUCAGCUACCUGCAACUGUUUGGAGAAGGGUAUUCAAGCCGCAUGCCAUAUUAUGGUGUUAUCUCAGCACACCCAGAACACAAUAUGGUAUUCAUAACCAUAGGAUUGAGAUCGGGGUUCCAAGAGCUUGUGAAAUUAUUUUCAUACGACGUGGAUUCUAGGGAGCUGUGUUUCGUAUCUGAUCUUGGCUGGUAUGUCAGGCGGGCUUAUCUUUCAUAUGUUCCUUUGUUCUCGGAGUCAUUAGCAGAUGGGCACUAAAUGUCCUGUGUAUUGGAGCCUCACAAUUGUCUAUCUUUCUGAUGAUAUGAGUGUUACAUCGUGAGUACGAGCAGAACAACAGUGAUUUGGGUAGACCUUUAUAAGUGUGGACUCAUGUACCACACUUUAUGAGGCAAGCUAUUCAGUAAACUUAACUAAAACUCUGUUUGGUCAUAUAUGUUAGCAGCUGCAAUACCCUACUAUUAAACUAAUUAAGG